UAUGAAUUUUGCAAUUCAAAUAUUCGGCAAAUCAUCUGAAAAUUUUUUUGGACAAAUAUCAUCAACUUUGAACAGAGAUAACGGAUUUCAUGGAUUAAAUGGCAUUUAUUUUUUUGUUAAUCUUACUAAUCCAAAUCCAAAUUCUCCAUUUGAGAUUUUUUUCAAAGUUUUUAACUUUGAAAAAACUGAACAAUUUCUAAUCAAUGAAAUUGGAAUAUCAGCCGGAAGUUGUGUAGAUUUAAAAAUGGAUCGACAAGAAAAUUGUAUAUAUAAUAAUUUCUGCGGUUUCGAACUCAGAAAUUCGUGGGAAAGUGGACGUUUAGCAUAUUUUCGAAAAGACAACAACAUAAAAACAGAUGGUGGAAAUGUUUCAUUGACAAUUUUCACUCAUUUCCAUUGGAAUUACGAGGACAAUUUUUCUGAAAUUAUCACACCUUUCCUGGGUUUUACAUAUUUUGAAAAAUGUUUACAUUUCACUGGAAUAACUGGUCUUGAUGAACGCUAUUCUUUUCUUGAUUUUGAAUUAUUUGGUAGAAAUAAUCUAAAAACAAAAUUUGAAAGAUUAAAAACUGUAAAAAUUCGUAAAGAUAGUUGGAAAUUUUUCGUACCAGGUUAUUUUGUUCAAAUGAAAUUUAAAUUUAUGGAUUUUAGUUAUAAAUCUGAUUUAAUAGUUACUAUUGGCAAUAUUCAAUUUCUAAAUGAAUCUUGUUGGAAUAACACUGUUGCUGAUAUUGAUUUGAAAAUUGAUAGAAAAUUUAAUACUGAAUUGAUAAAUGAAAGAUCAGAAUUAUACAAAAUUUAUCAACGUGAUUUAUCACAAGAUGAAUUCAAAAGUGGAAUUGCUGUUAAAGCAAAAUUACAUAUUCAAACAAUAACUAUACCAAGAAAUGAUAGAUUAACUAAUGAUGUUAUUUCAAAAUAUGUUGACAAUCUAACUAGAAACAUCAAAGCAAAACCUAUGAUAGAUAGAAUGAAAAUAAAGUCUAUAUCUGUUGGAAAUGUUUAUAUUCAAAAUUCAAAUGAUGAACCAAAAUAUAUCGGUGAAAUAGCACAAGAUAAUGAAGAGAUAAAUUCAAACAUUUGGUCUGGUUAUCUUUUUGAUGGAAUAAAUUAUUAUCAUCAUCAACAUUCUCCAAUAAAGUUUAAGAUAAGAUUUAAUAUGCAGUUUGCUUCAUCUACACUUCCUUCAAAACAUUAUAGUGGAAUUAUCAGAGAUAUUCAAAUUUUUCAAGGACCCUGUUGGAAAAAUGAUGGUUAUAGUUGUAAUUUUCGAGAUGGGUAUUGUUCCUACAAGUCUAUAGAUAUUGAUCAAUCAAACUAUCAUUGGACUAGGAAAUCUUAUGAAACUUGUAUACCUAACUCAUACGCUUUAGCUGUAUCGAGUGAAUAUGGUAAUUAUGGAAAAGUUGCGUUAAUUGCUUCUAAGUUAUUUCGAAAUAUUGGUGAUAAAUGUCUAACUGUUGAACAUUUCACUAACAAAAAAAGUGAUGAUAGCAUUUUUUCGGUUUCUUUCAUAUUGGAAAAUGGAAUAAAUUAUUUAGUUGGUUCUUUUAAAUAUACUUCUGAUGGAUUAAUUUCAAAUACUAAAAGAAAGGAUACUUUCUAUAAUCUUCCUUCAGAACCAUUCCAGAUACUUUUCAAGUAUAUAAAUAGUGAUUUAGAACAACAAACUGUAUAUAUUACAGGAGUUGAAAUCAUUGAUUGUGCAAAAGAUAGUAUUGCAAUUCCUGUAAAUGAAUUUAAUUGUGAUUUCAAUUAUAAUUUAUGUAAUUAUAAAUUUAGUAAUAAAUUGGAAAGUACUUUUCAGUGGUAUCACAGUUAUUUGGGUGGAUACCUCUCACUAUACUCUUUUUUUGGAUAUGAUGAUAAUGCAAUUAUAACAUCACCAAAUUUUACUAAAGAUCUUAUUUAUAAAUAUCAAUAUUUCACAUUCAGUUUUUUUCAAGACGUAUCACCAACAUUAAAAACCCAUGAAGAUAUGGAUAUGAUAACAGUUUUCAAGAAUUUCAAUAAUAAAAAAAGUACAAGUAUUAGAUUUAAACCUGCUACGAAUUGUCGACAACGUCAAUUUAUUGAAUUAGAACCAGAUUUAAAGAAUUUGAUUUUUGAAGUCUAUAACUAUAAUUUAACAACAGACAUUUAUCUUGAUGACUUUGGACUAUCAAAUUUAAAACCGGAAGUUGUAGAUUUAUCAAAUGAUUUAAACAAAGAGUUAUAUUGUUAUUUCAAUAAAGAAUAUUGUUACAUCAAUGACUUCUACAGUUGGAGAAGAGUUUUUCAACCUGCCUGUAAGUUUUUUGUGUCAAAAACAUUUGCAAGUGCAACAUUAAAUGUUACAAUCAAUAAUUAUGGAGACUUUUGCAUCUCAUUCCAAUAUAUGGUAUCACUGAAAAAUCCAAAAUUUUGUAAUGUUCAUUUAAUGAUUUUUGACGAUGGAAAAUUAAUUGAUUUUCAACAAAAAAACACCAAUUCACGUAUAAGAGAAAUGAUGGAUAUAAAAGGACCAACAAAAAUUGACUUUCAAAGUUCUUAUUUUUCACAAGUUUUUGAUUUUAUUGCAAUAUAUUAUAUUCAAAUAUUGGAGGGUAAAUGCCAAAAUCCAACUACACAAGUAAAAAAUGAAAGUAAUUUGAAUUGUAAUUUUGAAAAUGGUAUGUGUGGUUAUGAAAUUACUAGUGGAUUAUAUUCACCAUUGAUACUUUAUAAAGGUGAUAUUGUGAAGGGUAUAUUUGUUAAAAGUAUUCGUAUUUAUACUACAACUAAUUAUCGUUGGAUUUUAAGUUGUACAUCAACAUUUAAAGAUUGUUCAAAAUUGGAAAUUUCAAAAGAUACUAUACAGAUUAGAUUGAACUUUGAUGAAAUUUCUUUGGAUAAUGAACAAUUGAUUUUUGAUAAUUUUACCUUGAAAAAUCAUCCUUGUUAA